UCCCUGUCUCGUCAGGCAUCCGUCUUAUCGCCUUAUCUUCUGAUCUUAUGAUAUGAGUUCCUUUUUCUGUACUUGCAAGGAGUGUCACGCGGCAAUUGACCACUUUGUCGCUGGAUAGAUCACAGCCACAUCCAUGGUGAGAGCCAUCACAUCGUUGUUAUUGUUGUUCGAUUCAUUCCAGAAAAGUAAAGUCCGAACUCAAAUCUCACGCACUAUUCCCCUCCCGCUUCUUCUUCGCCUUGAUGUUGACGCGCGGACACUCCAGAGACACCGCAGCACGCCACGGCAGUCGCUUCAUAGAAUGCCUGUUUCACAGACUUCUUGUACACAGACAUGGCUGCAUCGUACAGCGACGAGGGCACGGUGCUCACUAGCCCAGUCGCAUCCGCGUUGAUCACAAUGCUCGGGUUAAUGGAAGGGACAUAUUCGGCCAGGUUGCGGACUGAUUAGUUGGUAAACACGUUCACUACCGACUCCAUGAGUGCUCCUCCGAUAUCUUCCAAGAACA